AUGGGGAUUCAAUUUUGUACCAAAGGCAAUUUAAUUUUAAUUGUAAUUGAAGAUGUUGAAGAAACCAUUGAAUUUAGCAUGAUACCGAGGAAACAGAAGCAAACCAAGAAAAAACAAGAAAAAAGAAAAAAAGCAGCCAUAAUCAUCCAGGCCUGGUGGCGUGGCACCUUGGUGCGUCGGACACUGCUGCACAUGGCUCUCAGGGCCUGGAUAAUUCAGUGCUGGUGGAAGAUGACACGGCUGAGGAUACUGGAGAAGCAGCGGCGGGCUGCUCUAGUCACCUACAUAACCAGAGAGAGAGCAGUGAUCAAGCUGCAGUCUUUGGUCCGCAUGUGGCGCAUCCACUGGCGUUACUGCCAAGUGCUCAAUGCCCUCUACGUCAUCCAGUGCCACUGGCAACGCCAUAACUGCCAGACCUGUGCUUUCCUCCGGGGCCACUGUAUGGUCACAGCCACUCACCUGCAGUUCCACAUUGAGAUAGCCAACUCCUAAGGGCUGCCAAGAAGGGACACUGUGUCUUUUGUCCCCAAUAAAGGUCUAACCUGG